AUCUCAGGAAUAUUUUCGCUCCUCACAAAGCUUGAAAAUUUCCGCAACACUAUUUUUUUGUCUCAUUGCUUUUCAUCUCUAGCCAUUUCAUGCACUGUUGAUCGGUUUUUGUCAUCUGGGUCAUUGAGGAAAUUUGACAUUAAAUUCUCUUGAGAGUUUUUAGUGUGUUGUAUCCAUUUUCAUUCUAAAAAAAAAAAAUGGAAUAUUGCAAUGGAAAUGGUUCAUCAGUUAACUCUUGCAAGAGCAGUGACCCAUUGAACUGGGGGUUAGCUGCUGAGGGGCUCAAAGGGAGCCACCUUGAUGAGGUGAAGCGCAUGGUUGAUGAGUUUCGUAAGCCAGUGGUUAGGCUAGGGGGUAAGAGCUUGACCAUAGCUCAAGUGGCUGCAAUUGCUAGCCAAGAUGGUGCGAUCAAGGUGGAGCUAGCUGAGGAAGCUCGGGCUGGGGUUAAGGCCAGCAGUGAUUGGGUCAUGGACAGCAUGGACAAAGGCAAGGACAGUUAUGGUGUCACCACUGGUUUUGGUGCAACCUCGCAUAGGAGGACCAAGCAAGGUGGAGCCCUUCAAAGAGAGCUCAUUAGAUUCUUGAAUGCUGGAAUCUUUGGCAAUGGCACUGAAUCAUGCCACACAUUACCUCACACGGCGACUCGUGCUGCUAUGUUGGUGAGGAUCAACACCCUCCUCCAAGGUUACUCAGGCAUCAGAUUUGAAAUCAUGGAAGCCAUAACCAAGUUUCUCAACCACAACAUUACUCCAUGCUUGCCACUCCGGGGUACCAUCACUGCAUCGGGCGACCUGGUUCCUCUAUCUUACAUUGCUGGGCUUUUAACAGGCAGACCCAAUUCCAAGGCUGUUGGGCCCAAUGGAGAGUCUCUAGACGCCACCAAGGCCUUUGAAUUAGCAGGGAUUGAUGGUGGGUUUUUUGAAUUACAACCUAAAGAGGGUCUAGCACUAGUGAAUGGCACUGCAGUUGGGUCUGGCCUAGCUUCCAUGGUUCUUUUUGAGGCCAACGUACAAGCUGUUUUUGCUGAAGUUUUAUCAGCAAUUUUUGCCGAAGUGAUGCAAGGAAAGCCCGAAUUUACAGACCACUUGACACACAAAUUGAAGCACCAUCCUGGCCAAAUUGAGGCAGCAGCUAUAAUGGAACACAUUUUAGAUGGAAGUGCUUAUAUAAAAGCAGCCCAAAAGUUGCAUGAGAUUGAUCCUCUUCAGAAGCCUAAACAAGAUCGUUAUGCCCUUAGAACCUCUCCACAAUGGCUUGGCCCACAAAUUGAAGUUAUCAGGACAGCAACCAAGAUGAUUGAGAGGGAGAUUAACUCAGUGAAUGAUAACCCAUUGAUUGAUGUUGCAAGGAACAAGGCUCUACAUGGUGGUAACUUCCAAGGGACCCCAAUUGGUGUUUCUAUGGAUAACACACGUCUAGCCAUUGCUUCAGUUGGCAAACUAAUGUUUGCUCAAUUUUCAGAGCUUGUCAAUGACUAUUACAACAAUGGAUUGCCCUCAAAUCUCACAGCAAGCCGCAAUCCAAGUUUGGAUUAUGGUUUCAAAGGUGCAGAAAUUGCAAUGGCAUCUUACUGCUCAGAACUCCAAUUCUUAGCCAAUCCUGUCACCAACCAUGUCCAAAGUGCUGAGCAACAUAACCAAGAUGUAAACUCUUUGGGGUUGAUUUCCUCAAGAAAGACAGCUGAGGCUGUGGACAUAUUGAAGCUCAUGUCAACCACUUUCUUAGUUGCAUUGUGCCAAGCUGUUGAUUUAAGGCAUAUGGAGGAGAACUUGAAGAACACUGUCAAGAACACAGUCAGUCAAGUGGCUAAAAGAGUCCUAACCAUGGGCUCAAAUGGUGAGCUUCACCCAUCCAGGUUCUGUGAAAAAGACUUGCUCAAGGUUGUUGACAGAGAGUACGUUUUUGCAUACAUUGAUGACCCCUGCAGUGCAACCUAUCCAUUAAUGCAAAAGCUAAGGCAAGUCCUGGUUGAGCAUGCUUUGAACAACGGUGACAAAGAGACCAACUUGAGCACUUCAAUUUUCCAAAAGAUUGGAGCUUUUGAGGAGGAGCUUAAGACCCUUUUGCCCAAAGAAGUAGAGGGUGCAAGGAUAGAAAUUGAGAAUGGGAAAGCAGCAAUUCCUAACCCAAUUAAGGAGUGCAGGUCGUACCCACUAUACAGGUUUGUGAGAGAAGAAUUGGGAACAAGUUUACUAACUGGUGAGAGAAUUCGAUCACCUGGUGAAGAAUUCGAUAAGGUAUUCUCAGCAAUGUGCGCAGGGAAGUUGAUUGAUCCUUUGCUGGAUUGUCUGAAGGAGUGGAAUGGUGCUCCUCUUCCUAUAAAUUAAGAUUGCUUUAAUUUGUUACAUUAAAAUUGUUAUUGUUACGAUCGGUUUUUUUUUUUUAAAAGCUUAUUGUCAAUGUAUCUGGUAUAUGACAAUAUGUAAUAUCAAACUGUCUAUGCUAGCCGUUUGUUUUUUUGUUAUUAUAUAAUAAUAUUUGUGUGUACUUUUGAGCUCAGUAAAAGUGUACAACAAUGGAGAGCUUUAAGCCCUCCAAAAAGCUUCAUGAAAAAAUGUAAUUUGUUGUUUUUUUAA